AUGCCAGCUUCAGCAUCGGAAGGCUUCUUCCAAACACCAGUUGAAUUUCAAAAUCAAUACGACGAGGACCAUGUUUUACGCUCCAUACUGGAACGACAUGUGCCCAAAACAAUCAUGAAGGACAUUGAACCUGAUUUUCGACGAUUUGGUGCUUAUGUCGUUAGUGAUGAGGCGCUCGAUUAUAUCAGAGACGCCGAAGAGCACCUCCCCCAGAUCCAAACACACAACCACUGGGGCCAGCGCGUUGAUAUUCUUCGAACCGCUGAAGGAUGGAGAGCUCAAAAACCUGUCGCUGCUCGUGAGGGUGUGAUUUCGAUGGCGUAUGAAGGGCGGUAUGGAGAGUUUGAUAGGUUUUUGCAGAUGGCGAAAUAUUUCAUCUAUUCGCCGUCGUCUGCGCUUUAUACAUGUCCAUUGGCAAUGACUGACGGUGCAGCUCGAUUAAUUGAGCUGUAUGGUGACAAAGAACUGAAGGAGAAUGCUUUCAGGAAGCUGACUUCUCGAGAUCCAAACACGUUUAUUACAUCUGGCCAAUGGAUGACAGAACGUCCUGGUGGAUCCGAUGUCGGUCGAACUGAAACUGAAGCAACGCUCCUCGACGGAGAAAAAAAUGUCUGGAGCAUCUCGGGUUUCAAGUGGUUCAGUAGUGCCACAGACUCGCAAAUGACUUUCUUAUUGGCUCGUCCCACUGAUCAGAGUGGUGUUCCCGGCUCUAAAGGUCUUUCGUUGUUUUAUGCCGAGUUGCGAGAUCAGCAAGGAAAGCUGAAUGGUGUUCGCCUCCACCGCCUCAAAAACAAGCUGGGCACCAAACCAGUACCCACCGCCGAACUGGAAUUAAAAAACAUGAUUGCUCGACGUGUCGGAUCUGAAUCUAGAGGCGUUGCAACCAUCGCAACGAUUUUAAACAUUACCCGGCUGCACUCGGCAGUAGGAUCGUCAAGUGCUUUGACAAGAUCAUUGGCAAUUGCUCGAGACUAUGCCCGUAAACGUGAAGUCUUUGGCAAACCACUGUGGAGCCAACCAGCACAUAUCAGGACCUUGUCCAAGCUGGCUGCUUUGUCUGCUGCUUCAACACACUUGACGUUUUAUGUUGUACGACUACUUGGACAAGCUGAAGAUGCGUCCCGUAAAGGACUGGCUGUACCUGAUGUGGACUUGUUGCUGAGGCUCUUGACGCCAAUUGCUAAAGGCUGGUGCUCGAAAUUGGCUGUAGGCGGCAUAGCAGAGACUGCCGAAGCUUGUGGUGGACAAGGCUACAUGGAGGAAACUGGUAUAGCUAGGUUACUACGCGACACCAUAGUCAACACGAUCUGGGAAGGCACCACAAACGUACUAGCCCUGGAUGUCCUCCGAGUAUUCGGUGGUGGCAAAGAAGCCAUGGACCUCUAUGUCAAGAAGAUUGAAUCCUGUUGCAAUGUUGUGCCUGUUGGCCACGAUCUAGUACCAACAACCGAAAUAAUCCGUCGUAGCCUACAAAAAUUGCAGGAAUACGUAAAGAAACUCUCUUCUUCUCUUGUAGGUGCUGAAGAGUCUUGUCGAGAGCUUAUGAUGAAUAUGGGAUAUGUGCUGUCGUCUGCUCUGCUAGUUGACCACUCGAUAGUCAUGAAUGAUACAUGGCAUUGUAUAGUUGCUAAAAGGUGGACUGCACAGCUCGAAACGUCACCAUUUAAUCUUGCUCUACCGACCGCAGAGGAGACUAUGGAGGAUUUGGCAUUGGCUAUGGCUUUAACGGUGGAAGAUGCUCAGGGGAGAUUGAAGGGGAAGUGGGUUGCGCCAAGCGCUGCACAAAUUACAAGCAAGUUUGACGGCGCAAUGAUUACAGCUGCAGGAGAAGCUCCACAAUGCCAAUGCGCACUGCCCAAAGCCGACCACUGGUGUCCGACAAUAGAAAUCGUUCUCCUGUCUGAGAAAAAUCCUGAAUCCACUUUAAAGACGCCCGACUAUCGCAAGCCCCAUAUCAGUUUCUCCUCCAAGUCCCACGCACAGUUGAGGGCCGAUUAUGAUCACUACAUUUUGCAAGGAAAUGCAGCACACGAAGAACAACUAAAGGAGAAAGAGCCAGGCGCUUGUUCGUACUCAUUGCAAGCUGCUAUUUAUUGGAGUAUGGCUAUAUUGAAUUAUUGCUCUAUUUUGGCUUCAAAUCUCGAAUCAUUACAAUCUAGUCAGGAUUUGAAAGAUGCGGAAACUGCAAAUCAGUUACAUGGAGAAGUCAUUUCAUGUCACAACUUGUUCUCGUUUGCUCUCAAUGCAUUUGUGGGACAAGAAUGCAAGACUGUGGCUGGACUGAUUCAACGUCUAUACGCAACUUUACUCUACCGAUCGUACGUCAUAAGAUCGAAACUACAAUGUAAAGACGUCUCCAUUACAGAACUAGAACGUAUCGAAGACGAGUGGACGUCUGCUGAAGAAAAGGGAGGAGCUAUAUACGGACACGCGUCGAAACUCGGAGGCAGCAGCCUCACCAUCUUCACAGAUAUUGGAAAACUGAUUGAAUUGAUUGACACCCUUGUAACCACCAUGGCAGAGAAGGAUGGGAUAUCAUUGAAGGUUGAAUCAAGGCGUGAAAUGUCAAUGCCGAAUUCAGGAAGUGGUACUCCAUCAGUGCAUGAUUGA